GGGUGCCCUCCGUCCCACCUCAACACACGUACGAACACACGCGCGCCCCGCCCGCACCACGCCACGCCUCAUAAGCCGCCACGAGAGGCAAACGGGCACAGUGUUCGACUCUCGCCUCGCGCAGGACCAUGUGGGCUGUGCAAGUACUGUUGGUGGUGGUUCUUGGGACGGCAUGGUCGCCGGGGAGUGGGGGACCUGGGGCGUGGGUGGAUGCAGCAGCUGUAGGUCGGGUGGGGACUGGACGUUCCUACUCUCGCGUAUACAACACCAGACCCACCAAGUCCUACAGCUACGCCACGCACCACGCCGCCUCAGGAUCCUUUGUGGCUAAUGUGAACUACCCCGAAAACCUUCACUACGUCGCCCCCAGCCCCGCGGCACCCAAGAUCAAGACCCCAGCAGCCCCAGCAGUACUACGACAGCCGUCAGCAUCCACGCCAGGGAGAGGUGAGAUCCGUUUAGAUGACUACCGGGCUCACUUGCCGGUGGACUACACGCCCGAGGUCAAGAAGGCGAGGAAAAUGUUCUUCAAGAUGUACGACAAGCAGGCCAGGAUGGCAGCUAUGGCACCCGACGACCCUUCUCCGUCCACCUCCGCCAAGGCCUCCACUACCGCGGCAGCCAAGCCCUCCUCCGUCAGAGCCUCCAAAGUCACCUCCGCCCCGACAUCCCCCGUAAGGAGCGCAGCAGGCGUGGUCGUGGACAAGUACGGAGACUACGACUUCAACAACUACGACUUCAGUGAUUACGAGGAAGAAAAGGAGGAGGAGGGUGAGGGAGAGGAAGAAGAGGAAGAGGGAGAAGGAGAUGAGGAAGAGGAAGAAGGUGAGGGUGAUGAGGAAGAGGAGGAAGAGGAAGGUGAAGGAGAUGAGGAAGAGGAGGAAGAGGAGGAGGAAGAAGAGGAAGAAGAGGAAGAGGAGGAUGAAGAUGAGGAAGAGGAGGAUGAAGAUGAGGAAGAAGAGGACGAAGAUGAGGAAGAGGAAGAUGAAGACGAAGAGGAUGAAGAUGAGGACGAGGAAGAAGAGGACUCCGAGGAAGAGGACGAAGAUGAGGAGGAAGAGGACUCUGACGAAGAGGAUGAGGAUGAAGAGGAGGACUCCGACGAGGAAGAUGAAGAUGACGAAGAAGACUCCGACGAGGAAGACGAAGAUGAAGAGGAUUCCGACGAAGAAGACUCUGACGAAGAAGACUCUGACGAAGAAGAUUCCUCAUCCUCAUCAUCAUCAUCUGAAGAGGACGGAGACGAUGAGAGCGACUCGUCAUCAUCAAGCGAGGAGGACGAGGACGGAGGAGAGGAGGAGGAUUCAUCAGAGGAGUCAUCGGAGGAGAACGAAGGCGGCGAGGACUCAUCAUCAUCAUCAUCAUCAUCGUCCUCUGAGGAAGACGAGGAGGGCGCGAGCCGCGGGGCGCUGGUGUGGGGUCCCAACGGCUGGACACGGAAGGCCCAUGGCACAGGAAUCGCCGCGGUACCCUCUCGCCUCAACCUGGUGGCGCCCAAGCCGGUCACGGAGACGCCCGAGGUGAGGCGCGCCCGCAAGAGGUUCUUCGAGAUGUACAAGAUCCAGGCCGAGCUCGCCCGCAACGCACCCGACCACUGACGCCCCUGACCCCCGCCGCCACCACCCAAGCCAUGACCACACGAAACCAAGACCUUAAGUUUUAUAUGGAUCUUGGACGUACGGUUCAUCCAGUUCAGUCCAUCAGCUUGCUUUAGAUCACAGUGAAGACUAGGGCGGUAUUUUCACAAGUACAAAGCACAGAGUGAGGGCAUUAUUCUCUCCUGACCCAUGUACCACCUGUUCUCUCAUCUCACGUUGCUUCCUUCGUCCGCUGCUCAGUGUCAGUCGAUGGACGUUCACUCAGAUCUCGAACCUUCAGUAGAAUGAAAGUUUACUUCGUGCUCUCUCGCCCUGGCAAGCCAAGCGACUGAGCAGGCGAGCGCAAAGCAAACUCCUUCAUCACUGGACGCAGGAAAAUCACUCCCGGCGACGAGGAAGCGAAGCCGUUGUGAGUGAGAUGAAAGAACAUGAGUAACAUUUCGAAAGAGAAAAUUUAGAUAAAUGCAGAAACUGAACGCUCGAAUGACGGGAACAAAGUGAAAGUUGUGUACAGAAAAAUAAAAUAUACUUCAGGUGCCCUUUAGCAGUGACGCUGGCGAGAAAACGGAGCUCAGGCAUUUGUCUCAGCGCCGACAGAAGGGAAACACAAUGGCUGUUUUGAUGAUGACUUGUAUAAAGUAAAGCUGUGGACUGGGACGCACUUAUCCAGUACUUCGUCUUCCUUAGAUCUAAUAUAUAUAAGUAUAGAUAUUGUAUCAUUUUAUAUAAAUAGAUAUAUUCCUAAGUAGUGUAAGACAGGCUCUUCGAAACGCUUCAGGUGAGCGUUAUAGAUACUUGAAGACACUAAACCAAUUAUCUUAUAGGACGUGAGGGCUGGUGGGCCAGUUCUCUUCUACCUCUUCCUUCCCAUGUACUGUAAAUUUUUCCUUCCUUGCAAUUUCCUUUUUUUUGCUUUCCUGUUGCGCCCUCAUGCCAAAUACAACGGGGCGCUUGUUCAACAGGAAGCGUGACAUGAGGUGUAUCGCCCAAUAAAUCUCCUGACUAUUCA